GCUGCCAAACAUCCGUGGAGACGUGAUGAAGGAAACAGCACUGAAUGAACUUCUACAAGAACAUGAGGAAUCUCCCUUCAGAAGAUCUGAGCUUGCAGAAUGGCUGAAAGAGAGAGAAAGAGAGUCUGAGAUCAUUAAAUCAGUCCUCAGACAGCUGAAAAAUGCUGGUGCGCAAGUAGAAGUCAACAUAGACCUGAUUUUGAUGGAUCUGGAAGUUGGAAAUCUGGUCUGUUUCAUGUUCACAUCAUUGAACUGGUCAGACAUGCUGCUUCUUCAACAAAAGGCCUGUUUGAGUCCUUCAGCAAAAGGAGGAAAUGAUGAGAGCAGCCCUGAUCGAAAGCAAAAGUCUUGGCUUAGUCCUGAGAUCCAAAAGACCAUGAGGAGCAACCUGAAGAUGUUUAAGAACUUGAUCGAUUUGAAUGACAGUACAUCAAACAUGUUUAUCGUGUCCUCAAGAGAAAUGAAGAAUAAUCCAGGUUCCUGCAUUCUGCUGUAUGAAAGGGAAUGUGAUGAAGCUGUUUGCUUUAUUCCUCCAUCUCCGCCAGCCUGUCCAGUCAUCGAAGAGGUCAAAGAAAACACCGUAGUUGUAAAGGUUCCUCCAUCGUGUCCUGAUACAGUGGAGAUCAAGUUACUGUAUAAACCGAAGCAGGACUCAGUCUGGACAUCUGAACCUGUGAUGAAGGAUCAAGACGUAGUUACUCUGACUGAUCUGAGAUCAGGAACUGAAUACGAGAUCAAAUGUGCAGCGCUGGGGAAACUCAACUACACCACAGACAGUGACGUCAUUGAAGUUACCACAGAGAGAAGAAACCGAUCAGUUAUGGCAUACUGUGGCUUGAUGAAUCAGGGAGCAACCAGCUACUUGAACGCAGUUCUGCAAGCACUCUACAUGACCCAGGAAUACAGAGAAGGCAUUGUGAGGCUGGAGAGAAGAGAUGAUUCGCCUGAUGGUGAUUUCACCGAAGAGCUGAAGUCUCUGUUUGAUAAAUUAGACAAAGAGUCUCAUCCAGUUUCAACAGCCGCAAUCUCAAAGAGCCUCGGCAUCACAGAUGUUUAUAAAGAAGAAGAUGCAGCAAAAUAUCUAGAAUUGAUUCUGAUCAGGACUCCCAAAUCUUCUAAGAUUUUUAAGGGCACUGUGGAGAAAACCAGUAGAUGUGAUUCAUGCAAGCAAAUAAUAUCAGAACGGCGAGAUUUCUUCACAAUGAGCAUCUCUCUAUGUGAAUCAAGAAAUGUGGGCUUUGCUUUGAAGGAACACGUUGAUCAAAUGCAUCAAACUUCUUUGAGCUGUAGUCAGUGUUCAAAUAAAUCAACAGUGGCAACCAAAAGUCAUAUUGACUUUCCACAAAUACUCAUUCUACAAUUGAGGACCUUCCGACAUGACAACAACGGUCAAGUAAGAAUUCCUGCACAAACGGAGGUUUACUUCCAAAAAUAUGAGCUUUAUGCCAUAAUAAACCUUUAUGGAACAUUGAAAGAUGGACACUAUAAUACUAACAUCAGAUCUGACAAUCAGAACUGGUAUCGAUGUGAUGACAGCCAUGUAUUUCAGAUUCCUGACAAGAUGUGUUCAGAAAGGACCGAUGUAUUGCGGAGGAUUAAAGAGUUGUUUUCUUCUUCAUCUUCUGAUUCAUUCUAUUCACACAGCUCUGCCUAUCUACUCUUGUACAAAAAGCGGGAUUGACUGAAUCAGUAAAUUGACACAGAGCAGAAUAUCGUCAUUUAGGGUGAUACAUGCUAUAUAAGCAGAAUUUAACCAGGCUCGAAGGCUUCCAGUAAAUGACUGUGAAUGUAUUUGUAACUCUCUCUGCUCAACAGCUGGUGAUUUGAAACCGGUGCGUCACAAACAUAUAUAAAUGUUGUGCUGUUGCCAGGAUUAAGAAGGACUGGUCUGCGUACUGUAUUUGCUUUGAAGACAAUUUUCAGUAUGAAUAUUGAUAUAAUUUAUUUUCAUGCAUGUAGUAAGACAUAUUUAAUAGGCAUCGUAUUAAUCAAACUAUAUAAUGAUUACGUGUUUAUAAGGGAAGUCCCAUUAUCUGCUGAUGCGUAUGUAGAAUUAUUAUCAAUUACACUGCUGUACAAGGAUGUAGUUUGGAAUGAUAUGUAUUCAUGUAAAGGAGUAGUCAUUUUAUUAUAUCAAAAGUCAGUAUUGUGACCACAUAAGAUGAAAUAUGUCACAUAUAUACUGUAUAUUUGUGUGUUACAUAAAAUAACCAGACACCUGAUUGUGGCAAAUACACCGACUGUCAUCUGUGUUUACAUAAGGAAAUAUAAGUCCGUAUUAUACCAAUAUGCUAAUAUUGAUACCCUGGGGAUAUUGUUUUUCUUAAGGUUUUUUUGUUUUAUUUUGAUAAAAAAGGGACAAUACAAGUUUAGGAUUAGAUCAAAUACAAGUUGUGGUGGAUGAAU